ACCUGGGGCUCCCAGCACCACGCCUUCCUUAUUGUGGGGGAACUGCUGGCGUGAGAGUUGGGAUUCCCUGGGAUCUCCAGUGGUAAAGAGUUUUGGGGAGCCUUGAAAGGAGGGAGUGGGGUGCUGGCUCAUGAGGGGUUAAAGCUGAGAGGCCAGAGCGGGGCUGGACCAAGGGGUGGGGAUAGAGGAGGAGGCCUCAGCCACAGAGAAAAGUGGCCAGAGAGGCCCCAGGAACAGCUAGGGACAGGCAGACAUGUGGCCUGGGCUCCGGGGCCCGGACACAGGCUGCCGGGCCCUGUGACCGGAGGACCCUGUGCCCCGGCCCGGGAAGGGGCCAUGGUGCAGCCUGGCCGACAUGUCAGCCGAAGUGCGGCUGAGGCAGCUCCAGCAGCUGGCGCUGGACCCCGGCUUCCUGGGGCUGGAGCCCCUGCUAGACCUUCUCCUGGGCGUCCACCAGGAGUUGGGCGCCUCCGAUCUGGCCCAGGAGAAGUACGUGGUGGACUUCCUACAGUGGGCGGAGCCCAUUGUGGCGAGGCUUAAGGAGGUCCGGCUGCAGAGGGAUGACUUUGAGAUUCUGAAGGUGAUCGGACGCGGGGCGUUCAGCGAGGUAGCGGUGGUGAAGAUGAGGCAGACGGGCCAGGUGUAUGCCAUGAAGAUCAUGAAUAAGUGGGACAUGCUGAAGAGGGGCGAGGUGUCGUGCUUCAGGGAAGAGCGGGAUGUGUUGGUGAACGGGGACCGGCGCUGGAUCACAGAGCUGCACUUCGCCUUCCAGGACGAGAACUACCUGUACCUGGUCAUGGAGUACUACGUGGGUGGGGACCUGUUAACACUGCUGAGCAAGUUUGGGGAGCGGAUCCCCGCCGAGAUGGCACGCUUCUACCUGGCGGAGAUCGUCAUGGCCAUAGACUCGGUGCACCGGCUGGGCUACGUGCACAGGGACAUAAAACCCGACAACAUCUUACUGGACCGCUGUGGCCACAUUCGGCUGGCUGACUUCGGCUCCUGUCUCAAGCUGGGGGCGGAUGGAAGAGUGCGGUCGCUGGUCGCCGUCGGAACCCCAGACUACUUGUCCCCUGAGAUCCUGCAAGCCGUGGGCGGCACGCCCGGAACUGGCAGCUAUGGGCCUGAAUGUGACUGGUGGGCGCUUGGUGUGUUUGCCUAUGAAAUGUUCUACGGGCAGACGCCCUUCUAUGCCGACUCCACAGCGGAGACCUAUGGCAAAAUUGUCCACUACAAGGAGCACCUGUCUCUGCCGCUAGCUGAUACAGGCAUACCCGAGGAAGCUCGAGACCUCAUCCAGGGGCUGUUGUGUCCUGCUGAUGUCCGGCUAGGCCGGGGUGGAGUGGAUGACUUCCGCAAGCAUCCUUUCUUCCUUGGCCUGGACUGGGAGGGGCUUGGCAACAGUGUGCCCCCCUUCACACCGGACUUUGAGGGUGCCACAGACACGUGCAACUUCGACGUGGUGGAGGAUGGGCUCACUGCCAUGGUGAGCGGGGGAGGGGAGACGCUGUCAGACAUGCAGGAAGUCAUGCCACUGGGUGUUCACCUGCCUUUCGUGGGCUACUCCUACUCCUGCGUGGCCCUCAGGGAUAAUGAGGUCCCAGACUCCAUACCCAUGGAACUGGAGGAGGCCCAGCAGUUGCCUGAGCCACAAGUGCAAGCGCCCAGUGCGGAGCUGGCAUUGCCCCCUUCGGUGUCCCCACCCCAGGAAACAGCUGAAGCGGCCCAGUCCAUGGCUGCCCCCGCAGCUGUGGCCGAAGCAGAGAGCGAGGUGACCCUGCGAGAGCUCCAGGAGGCCCUAGAGGAGGAGGUGCUCACGCGGCAGAGCCUGAGCCGUGAGCUGGAGGCCAUCCGAUCGGCUAACCAGAACUUCGCCAGUCAGCUGCAGGAGGCAGAGGCUCGGAACCGGGAGCUGGAGGAGCGCGUCCGGCAGCUGCAGGAGCGGAUGGAGCUGCUACAGGCCCAGGGAGCCACAGCUGUCACGGGGGUCCCCAGUCCCCGGGCCACGGAUCCACCUUCCCAUCUAGAUGGCCCCCCGGCCGUGGCUCUGGGCCAGUGCCCGCUGGUGGGGCCGGGCCCCCUGCACCGCCGCCACCUGCUGCUCCCUGCCCGGAUCCCUAGGCCUGGCCUACCGGAGGCGCGUGGCCUGCUCCUGCUCGCCGCUGUUGUGGCUUGUGCCGCCGCCCUGGGCUGCACUGGGCUGGUGGCCCGCACCAGCCCUCCCGCCCCCGUCUGGCUUUCCCCGGCAGCCUCCUUCGCCCCCUGAACCCUAGAGCCCCAGACAAGCCCCCCACUUGGGCCAAUGCACAGCCCUGGAGCAGCCGGCCACGGUCUUCGCCCAGCUCCGAUCCUGUGAUCCGUGCCCGCCCCCUGGCGGCCGGGGAGGGAGGAGCCGUAGCUGGGGAGGGAGAGCCGGGCUACGGGGGCGGGGUUAUGGCCAGGAAUGCCAACGCCACUGCGGGGCGCGGGGCAUCACACACUUCUUCGCUUAGCCCUGACGUGGAUGGGAAAACUACGGCCCCACGAAGGCGGCAAGCCAGGGUUCGGCCAUCCGAUUUCCACCCUCCCCGCACCCACCCACCGCCAGCGGCUGGCAAAACAACUGGCGCAUGAAUCCUUGUUCUCUGGGGCAAACGUUCGGCACGACCUCUGCCACCUCUGCCGGGCGCCUUUGCUUUGACCAGCCCAGCUUUUUCGGGGAUUCCUGAGUCCCCCUCUCCCCCCCUUCCCUUCUCACGUGCGCUGCUAUCGGAGCCACAGUUGGCUCCACCUGCCUCGGUGGUUUGAGUAUUUAUUGACCUUGUCCUCCGACUGGCUGACAGGCUCCAGGACCCCAGCACCAAAUCCACGUUUUGGAGGCACUGAGACUCGACAUUCCUCGGUAUUUAUUACCUGUCCCCACCUAGAACCCCACCCCCUGCCCGGCGAAUAAAAGACCCCUCUUCUCUG